AUGCCCCCAUCUUUGGUGUCUAAUCCUAGAGAUGAGAUGAGCCGAUUCGUGAUGGGUGUGUAUGAUUCAAUUGAGGAAGAAUGUCGUGCGGCUAUGCUUCAUGACAAUAUGGACAUUUCACGUCUAUUGGUCUAUGCUCAACAAGUUGAGGAGACAAGGCUUAGGAAGAAGAAUAGAGAGGUAAAGAGGGCAAGCACCGGUGAUGUAAAUUCUUCUAAGGGUAAAUUUGAGGUUCAAGGCCUAAUUGUGCAAAAGUGUAGUAAGAAGCAUGAAGGCAAAUGCCUAGUUGGCACGGAUGGUUGCUUUAAUUGUGGGAAGAGCGGUCAUAUGAAGAGAGAUUGUCCUAUGCUAAAUUUUCAAGUGAGAAAGGGCAAGCAAGUCCCUCCAAGUGGAAUGCUCCCAAGAAGAACUGUUUUUAUGCUCUCCAAUCACGAGGUGACCAAGAGAGCUCCCCAGAUGUUGUAA